GGCAAAACGUCAAUUCACGUACUUUGAAUUAACAAACAAUAGAUGUUUAGUGUGUUCUACAAUUCUUAAUAAAUUAUUCGUAUUUAAGAAUUAGUUAACAAAGAGCAGUGUUCCGCGGGAUUGGAUUGGGGGUGAUUGUACUAUUUGUGUAGAAUAUUAGUUAAAAAAAAUGGAAGCUUUAAUAAACUUAUAUAAUUACUUUUAUAAUUUAGCAGAUCCUCGAGUGAAAAACUGGUUUAUGAUGGAAAAUCCCUUCCCAACAUUAGGAAUAAUUGGAGUAUACCUGUUAUUAGUCCUGCAGAUCCUGCCAAAUUUUAUGAAAAAUAGGAAACCUAUGGAACUAACGAAGAUAAUUAGAUUUUAUAAUAUAUUUCAAGUUGUCGCCUGUGUUGCUAUAAUGUACAGGAUCCUCACUUCAGGCUGGAUUCAAGGAGAAUACAGUAUUGGUUGUUCCCCGAUCGAUUACUCCAACAAACCAAAUCCCGUCAAACUGCUGGGUGCGUUCUACUGGAUCUACGUGUUAAAAGGUAUAGAACUGAUCGAGACUAUAUUCUUUGCUCUAAGAAAGAAAAAUAACCAGAUAACAGGCCUCCACAUCUACCAUCAUGGAUCUACUUUCUUCUUGGCAUGGCUUGGAUGUAAAUUUAUUGGAGGUGGUAUGGCUUCCCUUCCUCCCUUCGUUAACUCAUUCAUACACGUACUAAUGUACACAUAUUACUACUUGUCUUCUUUGGGACCUGAAUGGCAAAAGAAACUGCAACCGUGGAAACCAAGGCUUACUAUGUUGCAAAUGAUACAAUUCACACUCCUCAUAAUUCACUCUCUGACAGCGCUUCCAUCGGACUGCAAAGUGCCCAGACAAUUCCUGUUGAUCUACAUCCCGAACGUGAUUGUGAUUUUUAAAAUGUUUUAUGAUUUCUACACAGCUAGUUACACACCAUCCAAGAAACAAGUCAAUGGCUUCCACACAAAAGCGAAGAAAACUACGUAAUGACUAGCAGAUAUCUUGGUAUUAAUUAAUAUUAGUUAAAAAUAAAGGGUGUCCCAAUUGCACGU